CAGGGAUGGAGACAGACCUCCAGAAUUAUAAAGCAUUUGGCAAAGACCUUAUAACUUUGCUGUCAUUAAGUUUACAAACCUGGGAAUAAGAGCACUAUACCAGACGCACUGAGACAUUUUAAAUGAUUCCAAACAUGUUACACUAGUUACAUUAUUUGUAUACAUCAGAUAUAGACUUUUGUUACAUACAGAUCUUAGGUGAUUCUGAGCUGAAUGGGGGAGAGAGGAGAGAAUGGGACAGAUGUGGGAGGGCGACAAUGAGGUGUGAAUUUGCAGUCUCCGCUCAGUGGGGUGUGGUGCCUCAGGAAGAGAUGCUAAUUGUGAGAAAGUUAGUUUGGUGAUUUUCUCAAAGAUCAUACAUUUGCUCUUUGCCUUUGAAUGCAAACACAUUGGCACCCUGCCUUACACAUUUGACAAAACACCUUGCCAUUCUCACCAACAUGCGAUUGAUGCUUCGUACAACUCUAUGUAAGGUUGUGUUAUUUAUAAGAAAGGGGCAGGGUUUAAGCAUACUAAAUGAUUGGAGAAGUCCUGCAUAUGUCACCAGUCAUUUCACAAGAAGAUCGUGUUAUGACAUUUUGAUGAAAGUUUACGAGGUAAAAAAUAACUAAAAACAUAUGCAUGGAUGAAUCACAGUUCACAAUAAAAUCAAUAACAUGCAUUUAGAAAAUGGAUAGGGUAAAUUUUCUUUUCAUGCCGAUUUUAAUAUGAUAAUCUCAUGACGCCAGUUUGAACACAGUACAGGGAUCUGGCCUGAUAUAGACCUUAUUCAUGCUAGCACCAUCUUUGAAUUUGAAUUGGAAUGACAACAAGGCUGUGAGGGAUAGACCUACCAUCUCGUCAAUGGUACAACCGUAUAAAGCUCCUUGAUCACAUCUGAUUUUCUACAACUCAUGUUGUCUAGAGUUCUUUGUAUACUGAAUGUUCUUGGACAGAUAUUUUACCAAUGUUUUGUCUACGGAACGAUCCAAAAACACUUUAAACUGCGGUACAGCCAAUUGAAGAGAUGGUAAGUCUAUCCCUCACAGCGUCAUUGUCAUUCACAUUAAAAAUGAAAGAUAGCGCUAACGUGAAUAAGGUCUAUGACCAAGGCGACUGAAUGAUUGCUAAAGGGUGUGGGAUGUUGUCAUAGGGGAUAAUAUAAAAAGUGUUUGAAGUGACAGGUCAUAGAGCAAAUACCUUUCUGUUUGAUGAUGUCUUUGAAAUGCCCCCUUUUGAAUGUGCACCUGACAUAACAUCAUUUGUUAAGAGUUUUAUUGUACUGUAAAGUAGAGGUCGACCGAUAUAUCGGUUUUCUGAUAACAGAUUUCUGGAACUAUCGUUAUUGGCAAAAGUCCACACUGUUAGUUUUUCUCCAUUGUGUCCGGUGCUGGUGCGGCUGGGAAGGGUCUGAUGUCGUUAUACAGUAUGAAAGCAGCCUCCAGAGGCGAAAUAAAAACUAUCACUUCACUGAUGGUGUUUGUUUUGACACGUGAGACUACUCUCUGCAUGGAGCGGAACACUUCAGAUGUGGAAUUAAAACCUCAACAACGAAAAGCUGCAUUACAGGCAUUGAAGCGUAAGAAGCGCUACGAGAAGCAGUUAGCUCAGAUUGACGGCACACUUUCUACCAUCGAGUUCCAGAGGGAGGCGCUAGAGAAUGCCCACACCAAUACAGAGGUUAUCAAGAAUAUGGGCUUUGCUGCCAAGGCCAUGAAGGCUGCCCAUGACAACAUGGACAUCGACAAAGUGGACGAACUCAUGCAGGACAUCACAGAACAGCAGGAGCUGGCACAAGAAAUUUCAGAUGCGAUUUCAAAACCUGGCGGGUUUGGGGAGGAAUUUGAGGAGGAUGAACUGCUAGCUGAACUAGAGGAAUUGGAGCAGGAAGAGUUGGAUAAGAACCUUCUGGAGAUCGGAGGUACAGAGAAUGUACAGUUGCCUAAUGUGCCCGCUACAUCUUUACCUUCCAGACCAGCAAAAAAGAAAGAAGAAGAGGAUGAGGAUGACAUGAAAGAUCUGGAGAAAUGGGCUGCCAAUUAAUGCCUGCUCUGCUCCACCAAAACCCAUGCACACUAUACAAGGCAUAAACCUCAUUCGGAUACCUGUUACUAAAGAAACUGGAUGGACAAUUACAGUGUGUCAAAGUAUGAAGUCUUUGUAUCUAAAAUAGGUAAAUGUAUACAUAUACAAGAGGGAAAAAGAAAAGCAUAAAUGCAACCGCUCCGAAACAAAAUAUCUCUGCCAGGCUUUCAGUCAACGCACUCAACACACUCAUCCGAGCAAGACCAAGAUUUUGCUUUAUUUCUCCCAUGGCCUCAUAUUGGGACUCUUGUAAGAAAACAACUUGUUGUAAAGUUCAGUGUUUUUGUAUAAAGUCCUACAUAACCUGUAUUAGUACUCAUAUAUUUUCUUAAACUUCCAUGACAAGGUAUCCACCACUUGCCUCUUGGUCCGUGAAACCAAUAGACAUGGAAAACCUUUGCAUGCAGGGAAUGUGUCUGUUACAAAUCGGUCGUGUUUUUGGAGAGAACAUGGGUUCAGUUGUUUUCAAGAUUUUAAACAAAACCCAUUGUUUGUAUGCACUUUGAUACAUUCAACUUCUUUUAAAACCGCACGUUUCGUCCUGCUUAUGAUCUGUGUGCAUUAAGCAUUUCAUAGUGCAAGAGUGCAGGUUCCUCCCAUGUAUACUAAUCAUAAAAAAACUUUAAGAAAGCUCCUUUAGGGACUUUUUAAUCUGCACAGUCCUCAUGAGUACACUGUUUGGUCCCUGUUUGGCUUUUCAAUGCAGUGUGAUACACAACAAUAUCACAAUCCUCCUGUUAAACAUUGUUCAAGUCUGUGUGGUGUUGAAACUGGGUUUGUAAUGUAAAUAGGUACCAUAACUCCAGAAAUGUUUACUGUAUUUUAGAUAUUUAUGGAAAUACUGUGACUACAAGAAUGAGCAUUCAUCUCCAAGAUUUCUUUACACUAGAAAUGGGUGUUGUAUUAAGGAAAAACUAUGACGAGGCUUGUUGUAGAACUCACAUCAUGCUAUUGUUGCGUGCUGUAAAUGAGUUUGAAUGGAUUUGUAAUGGAUAGACAGUGCAGAAUAAUAUCAAAUCAUGCUUGUAUUUUACAGAGUACACUAUUAUAACGUGAUGGUACAAUGGUUUUAUUCAUUUUCCUCUCCGAAGGGUCUGUAAAAUAAUUUUGAGGAUUGAAUAUUCAAAGGGUAAAGCGAUUAACAUGUAACUACGUUAUUUAUCAGGCUCAGAAUAUUUAAUUGUUUAUUGUUUGUUUGUGAAAAGGGCUGUCUUUUUGGCACUCUUGAUUUAUGUUGUCUAUCUCUGCCUUUCAACUCAUCCUUUCAACCUGACACUUGCAUUAAAAUUUUGCAAUUUUAUCAAUUUGUGGGAUUUUUUUUUUCUUCAUAUUUGGUAUUAAUGUAAGCAAUUCAAAGCAUCUUCAGAUUAAGUUAAAUACACUAAAAGAGUCCUUGUAUAUUAUGAAAGAGUGUUUUUGAUUCUUUUGUAAAGAGUUUUGUUGGAAUGAUCUGACCAGUAAGGAAGCAGGAUAGAAUAUGACUUUCCAUUUUAAAAUAUCCUCUGUUUUCACUUCGGGGGCAUAAAUGGGGGCUUCCAGCAAAUACAUUACUGGUCCAUUACAUGCAUAUGGUCAAUAAUUUGUCAGAGUGCUCAAUAAUAAUUUGUGAUGCUUUUCUGUUGAAGCAACAUGCCAUCUGUUGAAAGGAAAAGGAUUUUAUACAGGGUGUAAAAGUCAAAGUUUAAAUACCUUUUGUAAGUUUUCAUUUCUGGAGUGGUGGUGGUGUAGUGGUCUAAGCACAUAACUGGUAAUCUGGUAAUCAGAAGGACACUGGUUCAAGCCCCACAGCCACCACCAUUGUGUCCUUGGGCAAGGCACUUAACUCCAGGUUGCUCCAGGGUGAUUGUCCCUGUAAUAAGUGCACUGUAAGUCGCUUUGGAUAAAAGCGUCUGCCAAAUGCAUAAAUGUAAAUGUAAUUUAUUAUUUUUAUAUCACCAUCAUUACUAUGUCAUUAUUGUUAUUAAAAUAUUUUGACUGAUUUUACAGAGGACCUGUUACAUGAUGAGAUUUUAGCACACGUAUAUAAAAGGUUGAAGGGAUGGUUCACACAGAAAUGGAAAAUUCUCAUAAUUUACUCUCCCUCAUGAU